CUUUCACCAACUCUCUCUCUCUCUCUCUCUCAUUCUCUAAUAGUAGUAUAUAUCAAUUCAACCUGCCUCCAACUCUUCCAGGAACCACCACAAAACAUUCUCAUCAUUCACCCAACAAAAUGGCUCUGCUUCUGAUAGUACCCAUUUCACUGGUAACCCUCUGGCUCGGUUACACCCUAUACCAGCGGCUACGCUUCAAGCUCCCUCCUGGCCCACGGCCCUGGCCGGUAGUCGGUAACCUCUACGACAUAAAACCCGUCCGGUUCCGGUGCUUCGCUGAGUGGGCGCAGUCUUACGGCCCUAUCAUAUCGGUCUGGUUCGGUUCGACCCUAAACGUCAUCGUUUCAAACUCGGAGUUGGCCAAGGAGGUUCUGAAGGAGCACGAUCAGCAGCUGGCGGACCGGCACCGGAGCCGGUCGGCGGCGAAGUUCAGCCGCGACGGGAAGGAUCUCAUUUGGGCCGAUUAUGGGCCGCACUACGUGAAGGUGAGGAAGGUUUGCACGCUCGAGCUUUUCACGCCGAAGCGCCUCGAGUCCCUCAGGCCCAUUAGGGAGGACGAGGUCACCACCAUGGUUGAGUCCGUUUACAAUCACUGCACCACCACUGGAAAUUUAGGGAAAGCAAUAUUGGUGAGGAAGCACUUGGGGUCUGUGGCAUUCAACAACAUCACCAGGUUGGCAUUUGGAAAAAGAUUUGUGAACUCAGAAGGUGUUAUGGAUGAGCAAGGAGUAGAAUUCAAGGCCAUUGUGGAAAAUGGGUUAAAGCUAGGAGCAUCUCUAGCCAUGGCAGAACACAUCCCUUGGCUGCGCUGGAUGUUCCCACUGGAAGAAGGAGCUUUUGCCAAGCAUGGAGCCCGCCGCGACCGACUCACCAGAGCCAUCAUGACGGAGCACACUGAAGCACGCAAGAAAUCUGGUGGUGCCAAGCAACAUUUUGUUGAUGCCCUCCUCACAUUGCAAGACAAGUAUGACCUUAGUGAAGACACCAUCAUUGGUCUCCUUUGGGAUAUGAUCACAGCAGGGAUGGACACAACUGCAAUUUCAGUUGAGUGGGCCAUGGCUGAAUUGAUAAGAAACCCAAGGGUGCAACAAAAGGUCCAAGAAGAGCUAGACAGGGUAAUUGGGCUUGAAAGGGUGAUGACUGAAGCUGACUUCUCAAGCCUGCCUUAUCUACAAUGUGUGAUCAAGGAAGCAAUGAGGCUUCACCCACCAACCCCACUAAUGCUCCCACACCGUGCCAAUGCCAAUGUCAAAGUUGGAGGCUAUGAUAUUCCAAAAGGGUCCAAUGUGCAUGUGAAUGUGUGGGCCGUGGCCCGUGACCCGGCAGUGUGGAAGGAUCCGUUGGAGUUCCGACCCGAGAGGUUCCUUGAGGAGGAUGUGGACAUGAAGGGCCAUGACUUUAGGCUACUUCCAUUCGGGGCGGGUCGCCGGGUAUGCCCGGGUGCCCAACUUGGUAUCAACUUGGUAACAUCCAUGUUGGGCCACCUCUUGCACCAUUUUUGUUGGACCCCACCUGAAGGAAUGAAGCCUGAGGAAAUUGACAUGGGAGAGAAUCCAGGGUUAGUCACAUACAUGAGGACUCCAAUACAAGCUUUGGCUUCUCCUAGGCUCCCCUCACAUUUGUACAAACGUGUGCCUGCUGAGAUCUAAUCUUUCUUUUUCUUUUCCUUGGAUUACUCUUUGUUGCAUUAAGAAAAUUGCCUUGUGUCUAUGUAACUACAUUUGAAAUGGCAAUUCAAGGAACUAAGGAAAAACCCAUAGCGAGUUUGGCUUCUCCUCUUCAGAUUUUGGAUUGAAAUUCCUGUUUAAGAUUAAUUAAAUAAGUUACAUGAGAAGGGAGUUUACCGAAAGUAA